AUGUCUCGGGGAAGUGUACGUCGUAUUGCUAUAUGGACUCAUCCUCGCAGUCUAUCCACUGUCCUCUCACAAUGUCUAGCUGGAAGAGAUGACACCAUUUGUUUCCACGAACCAUUUGGUAUGCCGUAUUUCAAUGACGUAGCUCACUAUAUGGUACAUCCAGAUUAUGUAGAACCUGGUCAAAAAUACAACAAUGUUAAACGAAUGCUGGAAGCAGACUACGCAGGGAAAAAUGUAGUUGCUUUCAAGGAUAUGGCUGUGUAUAUGUACGGUCAAUUUCACCAAAUACCAUCCGGAUUCACUCACGUCUUUCUGAUCCGAGAGCCAGUACGAUGUAUAAACAGUGUUGCUAAUUUGAAAACUUCAUAUAAUAGAGAUCAAUCAUGGAUAUCGAUGCUUCAAUGGAAUAUCAACCCUGUAUAUCGUCUAUAUCAAUAUGUCACGGAAGUACUGAAACAGGAGCCUAUAAUCAUAUAUGCGUAUGACUUGUCUCACCAUCCUGAGAAGAUAUUAAAGAUACUGUGUCAGAAGGUUGACAUUCCAUACACGAAAAGCAUGCUUACAUGCAAACCUCGUAAUAUGAACGGAUGGCACAACCACUGGAAGGAGAACAACUACCGUGAGCAGAUAUUUAGUAAAGCGCUUGACAGUACUUGCUUUAGACCUCUGCCUGAUAAAGAUGAGUUGAUGGAUGCAUCUAUUUUAUCGCAUGAUGAUAGAAUCACUCUUGAAAAAUCUACUCACGUUUAUGAAAUGUUAUACAAAAAGCGCAUCAAACCAACGGAUUGUGACGUCAUGUUAAACCAAACAGCAGACUCAACGGAUGUGAAUUAUACUACGCUUGAUGCAUCAAUAACAGAACUUAUUUUGACGACUCAGAAUUCUUCACCUAUCAAAGAAAACACAAUUCAAUUAGAAAACAUCACGGCGACCGUAAUCGAAACAUCGUCAGUGGGCUAUAUAUCUGAAUAUGAAGCAACUUUAGUGGAAACUGCAUCGCUCAGCGAAACACGAUUGUCAACCGAAAUAACUACUAACGUACCUGCCACUGGUGUUGAAACAAGGACACAAACACUACCAUAUACAUCAAUAGAAAUGACAACUGAAUUGAAAAGCAAUGAAGUUGAAAGAGAGACACAAACACUACCAUAUACAUCAAUAGAAAUGACAACUGAAUUGAAAAGCAAUGAAGUUGAAAGAGAGACACAAUCACUACCAUAUACAUCAACAGAAAUGACAACUGAAUUGACAGACACUGAAAUAGAAAAAGAUACACUACCAAUUACAUCAACAGAAAUGACAACUGAAUUACUUUCUGCUGGAGUUGAAACAAAGACAUAUACACUAUCAUACACGUUGACUGAAAUUGAAACAGAGGUUUAUACACAAACAGCAAAAGAAGUGGUAACAGAAAUGUCUUCCAGUAAAGAAGAAGUGGAGAUAUAUACACUACCGUACAGCCCAACUGUAAUGACAACACAAUUGAUAAACACUGCAGUUGAAACAGAAACUUAUGAACCACUAUAUACAUCAUUAGAAAUGACAACUGAAUUGACAGACACCGGAGUUGAAAGAGAGACACAGACACUACCAUAUACAUCAUUAGAAAUGACAACUGAAUUGUCGGACACUGGAGUUGAGACAGAGACACCUAAAGUAACACAUACAACAACAGAACUGACAACUGAUUUCACUGGAGUUGGGACACAGACACAUACACUACAGUAUCCAGAAACAGAAAUGCCAACAGAAUUACCUACCACUGAAGUUGAAACAGAGACAUAUACACAACAGGAUACAGCAACAGAAAAGACAUAUACACAACAGUAUACAGCAACAGGAAGCACAAUAGAAUUGUCGAGCACUGAAGUUGAAACAGAGACAUAUACACAACAAUAUACAGCAACAGAAAGAACAAUAGAAUUAUCGAGCACUGAAGUUGAAACAGAGACAUAUAGACAACAGUAUCCAGCAACAGGAAGCACAAUAGCAUUUUCAAGUUCUGAAGUUGAAAAAGAGACAUAUACACAACAAUAUACAGCAUCAGAAAUGCCAACAAAAUUACCUACCACUGAAGUUGAAACAGAGACAUAUACACAACAAUAUACAGCAACAGGAAGCACAAUAGAAUUAUCGAGCACUGAAGUUGAAACAGAGACAUAUACACAACAAUAUACAGCAACAGGAAGCACAAUAGAAUUAUCGAGCACUGAAGUUGAAACAGAGACAUAUACACAACAGUAUACAGCAACAGGAAGCACAAUAGAAUUAUCGAGCACUGAAGUUGAAACAGAGACACAUACACAACAAUAUACAACAACAGGAAAGCACAAUAGAAUUAUCGAGCACUGA